AUGCGCGUAAUCGGUCUCACAGGUUCGAUUGCAACAGGCAAAUCAACUUGUUCCCAGACACUAUCCUCCCCACCCUACUCCUUGCCCUUGGUAGACGCCGACUUGCUAGCACGGAAAGCCGUGGAACCGGGAACAUGGGGAUAUCGUCGCAUAGUGUCUACAUUUGGACCCACGACACCAGAUCUGCUCCUUCCACCGUCGGAUCCGCUCUGUGAGGGCAAAGAGAAUGGCCCUACGGGGAAAGGGAGACCGUUGAAUAGACCCGCAUUGGGAAGAAGAGUAUUUGGGAACAGCGAAGAACGGACUCGAGACAGAAAAAAGCUGAAUGCCAUUGUACACCCUGCAGUGCGGUUUCUGAUGGCCCGAGCUAUGUUGUACUACUACCUGCGAGGACACUGGGCCGUCCUGCUGGAUAUUCCUCUGCUAUUUGAAUCUGGGUUGGACAUCUUCUGCACCACUGUCGUCGUGGUUGCUGUAUCAGAUCCGAAGAUCCAGAUGGAGAGAUUACGAGCGCGAGAUCCGCACUUGUCGGCGGAAGACGCAGAAAACAGAGUUAAAAGCCAGGUGGACGUUCGUGAAAAGGCCGCGCGCUGUGACCGGCGGAAUAAUGGCAAGAAAGACGCAGGGAAGGGCUUCGUGCUCUACAAUGAUGGCAGCAAGGAAGAUUUGAAGCUCCAGAUCGCCGACAUGAUGCAGAAAGUGAAAUCAGGGAGUCCUCGAUGGUGGAGCCUGCUGCUCCUGGUUUGUCCGCCUCUAAUGGCGACGGUCGCUUCUUGGGAGGUGCUCUGGAAUUGGUACGCCAGAAGGAAAACUAUCAACGAGAGAGGCGCAGAGCUGGCAAAGCCCAAACUUUGA